CUCCAUCUUUUUCGGUUCGUUGUGGCCCGCAGUGUCCGUUCCGUCGCCGGGAAACCUUCCGUUCCAGGUCCGUUAAACGCGUAAAAGCAGAAAUGAGCCUCCCGAGAGUUUUCUUCGAUGUGUCCGCCGACGGUGCGCCCCUGGGCCGCAUCGUGAUGGAGCUCCGCAGUGACGUUGUUCCGAAGACGGCGGAGAACUUCCGGGCCCUGUGCACCGGAGAGAAGGGCUUCGGAUACAAGGGCUGCGUCUUCCACCGCGUCAUCCAAGACUUCAUGUGCCAGGGCGGAGACUUCACAAACCACAACGGAACCGGAGGAAAGUCCAUCUACGGAAACAAGUUUCAGGACGAGAACUUCCAGCUGAAGCACACGGGCGCCGGGAUCCUGUCCAUGGCCAACGCCGGCCCCAACACCAACGGCUCCCAGUUCUUCAUCUGCACAGUCAAGACCGCCUGGCUGGACGGGAAGCACGUGGUGUUCGGCUCGGUGGUGGAGGGCAUGGACGUGGUGAAGACGAUGGAAUCUUACGGCUCCCAGUCCGGAAAAACCUCCAAGAAGCUGGUGAUCGCCGACUGCGGUCAGCUCUGAACAAGCACUUAGCCUGUCCGUCACCCCGACCCCGCAUUCCUAUUGGACGCCCCGCCCUGAGCCCGCCCCUUUUUAUAUUCUAUGAUGAUCAUGAUGCAUUCGUGACGCCUCGUUCGGUUCGUUCUGUUGAGUCCAACAGUUUUCGUUUGAGUCAAAUGAAAUAAAGGAAGCGUUGCCUUGACCCAAA